AUGUCCACCUCAUUUGAUAGUGAAUUUGAAAGUUUUGAAUCAAGUAAUAAAAAUGAUGUAUCAAAAAAAAAUCAAAAUUAUUAUAUUGAACAUGAAAAUGAUUAUAUAAAUCAAGAAAAUUUUGGAGAAUCAACUCAAAAUUAUAUACAGAGAGAAGGUAAUGAUCAAGAAGUAUUAGAAUCAAUUGAAAAAAUCAAUAAUCUUUUAAGUUGGAAUGAUCAACUUUCAAUUGAAAUUAAUAAUAAAUUUCAACAAUUUGAGAAUGUUAAUAUAGAAGUUAUACAAAAUUUAGAAUUUUUACAAAAUCAUAUAAAUAAAUCACAACAUAAACAAUUAAAAGAACCUAAAUUCAUUCAAAAAAAAUCAAAGUCAUAUUUACCCACACCAGAAGAUGAAAUUUAUCAUGAAAAAAAUUUAGAAUUUGAAAUUCAAGGAAUAUCAAAGCAAAAUCAAUCAACUCCAAAUUUACAAAGUUUACCUUCAUCACCAGAAUUAGAUCAUAUAGAACCUAUAAGAACAAAUGGUAGUGAGAUUGAAGAAAUUGAAAUUGAAUUAAAUGAUAAGAUAUCAAGAUUGGUUUCUCAAAAUUAUAAUAAUGAAAAUAUUUUAAAAUUGAAAAAUAUUGUUAAUUCAACAUUUGAAUUAUUAAGAUUUGAGAAUGAUCAAGAUAAUUUAAAAUUAAUGAAUUUUAAUAAUGAAAUAAAUGAGAAAAGUAGUGGAUUAAUAAAUAAAUUAUAUGGAUUAGUUGAGUCAUUUACAUAA